UUAGGUAAUACAACACCGAAAAGUCGAGUUGCACGAUAAUAUUAUACGUUUCUAUGGUGUAACUAAAGAAGAUCGAGGACAGUAUCAAUAUAUGCUACUUCUGGAAGAUACUGAUGAAGGAACACUUCGUGAUUACUUGAAGAAAUCGUUUUUACAACUUAAGUGGGACGUUAAAUUAAAAUUUGCAAAACAGCUUGUGAGCGCGGUAAAUUGUUUACACGAAAAUGAUAUCGUUCAUCAAAAUUUAAAUCCUGAAGAUAUUCUUAUUAAAGGUGGAAAUAUCAAAUUGGGCGGUUUCGGUCUUACCAAAAAAAUAAAAAAGUUAACGAAUGCUGUUUCAAGAAUUUAUGGUGUUUAUAUUCAAUAUGCUGACCCAGAAUAUUUGAAAAAUCAUCAAGAAUUUAUUAGAAAUAAAAAAUCGGAUGUAUAUAGUGUUGGUGUCUUACUUUGGCAAAUUUCAAGUGGAAGAGUUCCAUUUGAAUUUGAAUUACCUGAUUUUAGUUUAGUUCAAUUAAUAAUUGAAGGGAAAAGAGAAAUUUCUAUUAAAGGAACUCCAAGUAAAUAUAUCGAUAUUUAUACAGCUUGUUGGGAGGGAAAUCUGAAGGAUAGACCAAGUAUUAAACAAGUUUUAAGAAACAUUGACGAGGACAACAACCGGUAACGACAAUCAUGUUGAUCAUGAUUGUUAUAUUUUAAAUAGGAAAAAAUCAAUUUCUUCAAUAUUAUCAAGUUCUUCAUCAACAAUAUUAGAUUUAUUAACCAUGUAUAAGACGAAAUAUAAGAAUGAUGAUAAUAAAUCCUGUAUUAUUAUUGGUUCGAGUAAUUCUUCAGCCGUCGAUUCUGGUUCAACAUUAGUAGAAAAUUCCAACGAAAAAAAUUCUUUAGAUGAAUUAUUAUCUAAACCUGGAACAACUUUAGAAAUUAAAUAUACUUUAGAAAAUAUGAACAAAGAUAUUAAUGAAUUAAUUUUACAAAAAUUAUUAUUGGAAUUUAUUUAUCAAUUUUAUAUAUCAAAUAAUAAGGUCAUUAAUUCAGAAUGGUUAAAUGAAUUUAUUAAAAAUCAUCGUGG